UCAAAGGCUCUCGGUUUCAGACCACGACUCUCGAAUUAUUCGGCUAUUCCAUCUCUCUCUCUCUCUCUCUCUCUCUCUAUGCACAGGUUCAGAGUUUAGACAACAAAUGCAACUUCUUCAGGCUCCAUCCUUGUCCAAUAUCACAUUACUAAGCACAACAUCGUCAUUAAAUCGAGGAUUUCUUUCACCAAAGAAAUCGUUCGAUAUUUCCACCGUUAAUUGUUCCAUUUCAUCUCAAAGACAUGAAGGAUUUGUACGGCUGUUGCGUAGUCAGUCUAUUUCAAGCACAGUUACCACUAGAGCUGCUUCUGUUAAAGCUGAUGCUUCCAUAGUAUCUAUUGGCACUGCUGAGAAUGAUGUAUUGGCAGUCUUAUCCCAGAUCAUUGAUCCAGAUUUUGGGACAGAUAUUGUAUCGUGUGGGUUUGUGAAAGAUCUGCAUAUCAAUGAGACCUUGGGUGAGGUUUCAUUUCGUUUGGAGCUUACUACACCAGCAUGUCCAAUCAAGGACAUGUUUGAACAGAAGGCAAAUGAGGUGGUGGCAAUGCUUCCUUGGGUUAAAAAGGUUAAUGUAACUAUGUCAGCACAACCUGCAAGACCUGUUUUUGAAGGGCAACUUCCAAUUGGCCUGCAAACUAUUUCUAAUAUUGUUGCAGUUUCAAGUUGCAAGGGAGGUGUGGGAAAAUCAACUGUUGCUGUAAAUCUUGCAUAUACUUUGGCUGGUAUGGGUGCUAGAGUUGGCAUCUUUGAUGCUGAUGUCUAUGGGCCAAGCUUACCAACAAUGGUUUCCCCUGAAAACUGUCUGUUAGAAAUGAACCCAGAGAAGAGAAGCAUAAUUCCCACAGAAUACCUGGGUGUGAAGUUGGUAUCUUUUGGGUUUGCUGGACAAGGACGUGCAAUAAUGAGAGGUCCAAUGGUUUCUGGGGUCAUCAACCAACUACUAACUACUUCUGAAUGGGGAGAGUUAGACUAUCUUGUUAUUGAUAUGCCUCCUGGGACUGGAGAUAUCCAACUCACUCUGUGCCAGGUUGUCCCUUUGACCGCUGCUGUGGUUGUUACUACCCCUCAAAAACUAGCAUUCAUUGAUGUUGCGAAAGGAGUCCGCAUGUUUUCUAAGCUUAAGGUGCCAUGUGUUGCUGUUGUUGAAAAUAUGAGCCACUUUGAUGCUGAUGGGAAACGCUACUACCCAUUUGGUAGGGGCUCAGGUUCUCAGGUUGUUCAGCAAUUUGGAAUCCCACAUCUAUUUGAUCUUCCCAUUAGACCAACUCUAUCUGCUUCUGGAGAUAGUGGGAUGCCUGAAGUAGUAGCUGACCCUCAAGGUGAAGUUGCUAGAACAUUUCAGGAGCUUGGAGUUUGUGUUGUCCAGCAGUGUGCAAAGAUUCGCCAACAAGUAUCAACAGCUGUAACAUAUGAUAAAUCUAUCAAAGCAAUCCGGGUGAAGGUACCAGAUUCAGACGAAGAGUUCUUCCUGCAUCCUGCUACUGUGAGACGAAAUGACCAGUCUGCCCAGAGUAUUGAUGAGUGGACUGGGGAGCAAAAACUGCAAUAUACUGAUAUUCCUGAAGAUAUUGAGCCAGAAGAUAUCUGGCCAAUGGGAAAUUAUGCUGUUUCCAUAACAUGGCCGGAUGGAUUUAUCCAGAUUGCUCCCUAUGAUCAAUUGCAAACCAUGGAGCGACUAGUUCAUGUUUGCAAACCAGCUCCUGCACAGGUAAAGGCCCCCAUCAAUGCUAAAUUUAUAGACAGAAAAUGGGUUUCUAUAGUACAGUGAUGGCUUAUGUAUGCAGGUUAGACAAUUUUCUUGGAAGCCAUAGUAGAAUUAAUUGAGUUGAAUCAUUCAUCAUGUUUUGACUCAGUCCACAUCUUCUGUUAGAUGGAUGAUGCUCAGUCUUUUCUCACUAAUUCAACCAGUGGAAUUUUAGUCUGCUCUUGUCCUCUCAAAGUAUGCUUGCACCAUAUCAGUUCCUCUGACAGGUGCUCUUUGGUGCAUGAGAAAACCAACUAAUGUAGAGGCUGGUAGAUUAAAGGCAAUGUCGAUGGGUAGUCUUGCUUCAAAUUCCAAUAAAGUAUGCUCUGAAUUUAGGGGAAAUUCCAGAGAAUGGUUGCUGGUUUUCUUCUAGUAGAAGAGAACUAGUAGAAAAUAAAAAAAAAAAGAAAAGAAGAAUCACAUGUUUCAAGAAGAGAAGAAAGAUUAAAUAUAUAAGAAAAAAACUAUCUCAAUCAAUUCGCAUUCCAUUCUUAUUCAAUUUUGCUAUUCUGGAAAGAUUUGUAUUUCUAUAUAGAACUCCUCAAAGCUUAGAAAAUUUACAAUUACUAAAACUGGAGCUGACUCCUAAGUCGUAAUUAGAAUCCCGGAAACUCCUAAGAAUAAAAAUUCAGAAAAUAGAAACACAUAAAAAUGGUAGUUGACUUUAAUAUUUUCCUAAACAAAAAGGAAACUACUAAUUGCAGAUUUUCUAAUAAAUAAUAAUAUCUGGUUAAAAAAUUAGAAGCUAUAAACUUGGAAAAUCCUGCCAGCAUCUAAAUCUGGGUUCAGCCAUUGGUUCCUCCUCUGAUAUGUUUUAGUAACUUUGGGAUGUUCAAAUCUCAAAGUUACAUCACUAACUCAGUAAUGAUUAUCAUAUUAUCCUAUGGGGCUACCCUUGAAUUUUCAUAAAUAAAGGGCAGCCCAGUGCAUGAGGUUCUCCCGCCAGUGUGGGGUCUGGGGAUGGACAGAUGUACAUAGCCUUACCCCUGCAGGUACACAAAGAGGCCCGUUUCCAAGAUUCUAACCCUGGCCACCCAGGUCACAAUGGAGAAACCCUACGGUUGUGCUAAGGCCCACCAUCGAAUUGUUAUAAAUAUGUUCUUUAUUUGUUCUUCCUAAUUUUCCCACCCAUCUCUAUAUCCUCAUCUAAGAAAGUUUUAUCAUAUGGAGUUCUCUUGAUUUCCAAUUUGCGCUGCUUGGUUGAUCUUAAUGCUGUCUUUUGUAACUUCAUCCUCAACUCGUGUACUAUGGGCAUCUUGCAACACUCUAGAAGCAUAUUCGUACCUCAUUAUUUGUUAAUUGGAUAUGACUGGAUGCAAAUCAGGUAGCUGAUUUGAAGAAUCUACAGUGCAUUAGCCUGGGUCCUGCACUGGGUCCAUUCAAAUUUUAAUAAAUGCCUAGCCCAAGCCUGUCCAAAUUGCACCCCGAGAUGUGAAGCAUUAUUUUUAAUGUUUCUUCAUUACGGAUACUUGAAUCUAGAUAAUGAAAUGGAUGCUUUAGAUAGUGGUUUUCCAUCAGUUUUAAUUGUUAUUUCGUUCUUGUAUUUUAUUAUUUUUGGGAAAAAUCAUACACCAAAUAUCAUUAGUGCAACUUAAAUCAUUUAUAACCAAUGCAAAUCUAUGUGAGCAUGUGAGUACAAUGUUGUACACCCAUUACUGAUUACGCACCUGCUCUAGGGCUCUUUGACAAGGAACUCCUGUCUUUCACCCCUAGUGUUUUCAAAUGGUUAUUUCUUCAGCAUUCAGGUGUCAUAUAAAUUUAUCUAUUUAAGGCUCAUGUACUAGUCAAAUGCCCAAAUUUGUCUGUAAAAAAUUUAUUGUAUAUUUUCUUUAAUUUCAUGAAAAUCAUGUGAAAAUCUUGCCUAUUCUCGCUAAAUGUCUCAAUCAAUUGCCCAAGUAAAAAAUGUAGCCUAUAUGGUUAAUUUCCCAAGACAAAGCAAGACUGGUAAGUUUCACCUUUUGAUUCAUAAACAAUUUCUCAAAUAAUUGGGUAUAGCUCAUAGUUGUCAAGGCGUCGCCUAGGCGAUUAGGCGCCAUUGUUUGGGCGCCUCGCCCAAAUGCCUUGACUUUUAGCAAUCAGGCGCCUUUCUAGGCGAUUAAGC